CGACAUUUCAAACACUUACUUCAUUUCCGCUUUCACAAGGGAACUAAAAUACUUAUCUGAGAGAGAUAUUCGUAGAAAGAAUACAUACUCCAAAUGUCAGACAAAAAUGAAGAUAAAGAACAGGAGAAUAAUUCUUCAGCUUCUGUUUUAUCCGAUAUCAGUAUAUUAAAUAUUGCUAAAGCAUUGACUGAAAAUGAUGUAAGAGCCUUUUUAUUAUUGAAUAUACCAUUGACAACAUGUGUUAAUAAUUAUGAAGAAAUGCGUACAUUCAAUCAACGUGAAGCUGCUUUUAAACAAAAAACCCUUAUGCAAUGGAAAAAAUUACGUGAAUCAGUAAAAGAUGAUGUUAAAAUUGCUGAAUUAGAAUAUGCCCUAAGACAAUCAGAUCAUAAAGAAUUGGCUGAUAUACUUGUUGAACGUAAUCGUAUGAAUUUAGAGAUUACACGUGAUCUUUUACAGAAAUAACUUAACUGUCUCCUUCUUUUUUUUGUACACUAUUUGACUUUUACUUACUUUAUCUUCAUUCAGAGUUGUAAUUUUUAAAAGAUGCGCCUACUUUCUAUCUAUUCAUACUAUUCUCAAGUUGUUCAAUGAUAUUUUUUGUUUGAAGUCAUUCUGAUUCAUAUCAAAAGUGUGUGUAAUCGUUAUAUGUGCAUCAUAUUGACUAACACUCUAAUCUUGCCAAUAUAUAAUUGGAAACAAGCUCUAGUGCUUUAGAACUCUGAAGUGAACUUCAUUGAAGUGUGAAUAAUAUUUUGUCAGGUCAUGAAUAGUUUGUUUAAGAAAUUACCUUUUUUGGAGACGCUUUUAUGCUGCUAAAUGUUUGUGGAUAAUGAAUUUUAUGUACUUUAUAAAAGUAAUAAACAUUCUACUUGUUUUUAUGCUUGAA